ACAUACAGUACCGGUACAUCAUAACAGUUGCUCAAUUUAAGAGCUUCAAAUCAUUUGGAGUACAAAAGAUUCGCUUCAACUGGGAACUCGUAUGGAAUUAUUAUUUGCAAGGACAAAUUUCUAUUUAACCGUACACACGUGUAUGAUUUGACCUAUGUCAAAGACAGCUUGCACAAAAUUUGUCGAAAACGAUAUAUAUUGAGCUUCAAGAACGAUCAAAAGAGCUCAACAAUUCUAAUAGCCAGAAAAUGAAUCCUGACGACUGCCAGCUUCCGUCGACGAUUCCGCCGCGCCGGAUUAUGUCGACGAGGGAAAUGUUUCGCCGUCUUUACCCGAUGGUAGACGCCCCAGACGUCAUUCGCCAAGCAGAGAAUCGCACUCAGUUCUUAGAGAACCCGCCGAUCCGCAUGACUCCGCAGAUGCCGGCCCCUGUCUUCGGUGCUACAAUGAACAGACCUGCUACUAGUCCCCAACUGACAUACUGGCGCGCUUUCACCAGUGCUCAGGACCGCAAUGCGAACAAUGCCGACAACAAUGGUGAGGGUCAGGGCGGCCUCACUACAUUCUUUCAAAUAAUGAAAUACUACACUGUUGGCUUAUUUGUCGAGGCCAUAAGAGCAGGGUUCGCAUACUUUUUCUGAACGUUUUCAGAAUUUGAUGCCGUUUUUUCUACGUUCUAUUUCUCAGUUCAAAAUCAAUUAAAAACGUUAACUUUUUUCAACUUUCAAUUCUAGCUUAAUCAUUACUAGAUUUCAGAUUAAGCUACUUACUUAAUUUAUUUCAAAUAUUCCUCAUUAGAUGUUAUAGUUUUUUUUCUUUUCUGUUCAAUGAGGGGUGCCCAACCCCCCAUUGACCAUGUCGCGAAACCCCCCCCCAUUUGGCAUAUAUUUAGGUACUUAAAUUCUUGGAUAGGCAGUUAGAAACUGAAUAUUGGAAAAGUCCCCCCUCCACUUACCUUUUUUUUUAAAUCCCCCCCCAAAAUUUUGCCUCUUGCGACAUCAAAAAAUGCUGUGGGCACCCCUGUGUUCAAUUACACACACUUGUUACUGUUCACACUUUAUCAAUGUAUUAAGUGUGUACAAUAUUGUUCCUUGUUUCAAUUUAUUGAGUGUGUAACUGUGUAAAAGUGUUUUACUUGUAUUAAGUGUGUAAAAUAAUUACUAGUUUCAAUUAUUUCUCCAAUAAAUUAAUGAACCGAGAGUACAGUAUAUCAUUUUAAAAGUCUCAAAUUAAAUUAUAUAUUUUUUAACGGUGACACGCACAUUAAAUUUUCACUUAUGCGUGUGUUAUGUAUAUGGAAAUAUAAUGGAAGGUAACAUAAGAUAACAUAACUUCCAAUUCUAGCUUAACUCCAUUUAGACUUCAGUUUAAAAAUUAAUCAACCAAUUUAACUUACCAUUACUAGAUUUCAGACUAAGCUACAUACUUAAUUUAUUUAAAAUAUUCCUCAUAAGAUGUCAUAGUUUGUUUUUUUUCUCUGUUUAAUUACGCACAGUUGUUAUUCUUCACACUUAAUUAAUGUAUUGUUAUUGUUACUUGUUUGAGUUAUUUUUUCAAUAAAUUAAUGAACUG